CUUUCAAUGAAAAAUAAAAAAUUUGGAUGGAUGGAUGGAUGAACAGAUGGAUGAACAGAUGGAUGGAAUUGGACUGAACUGAAUUGAAAAAGAUGGAUUAACCUUUUGCUGCCGCCCCUGUGUGUGAUGCUGCCCCGGCCUGAAUUUAAAUAAACAGCAAAAAUAAAUAUGUAAGUGCAUUAAAAUCUUAUUAAGGAGCAACAGCCUCACGGUUGAUUGGAUCAUGUGGUACAUGAGGCAGGCGUGCACGCGCAUUUUCGCGCACCAGCCGCGGGACUCGGAGCGGCGGCAGGAGGAGGAAGAGGAGGAAGAGGAGGAAGAGGAGGAAGAGGAGCGCAGCGUGUCUCCGAGUCUCCGGCUGGCAGGAUGCGGCUCCGGACCGUCUCGGUUCUGCUGAUGUCCCUCCUCGGCUCAGGUGGAGGAACCGAUCUGGACGGUGAUGGAUGUUUCCUGUUAGGAUCCGGUCUGGUUCUGACCCGGUCCGGUUCUACUCGAACCUUUAUUUCUGGUUCUGAUUGUUUGUGGCUCUGCGCGCAACAACCUGGCCUGGCCCUCCAGAUCCAGUGCUACCAGUGUGAGAUGACGGAUGACUGCGCCGCGCCCGAGUUCAUCGUCAACUGCACCGUCAACGUUCAGGACAUGUGCCAGAAGGAGGUGCUGGUGAAUGAAGACGGGAUCCUGUACAGGAAGUCGUGCGCCUCCUCCUCCGCCUGCCUCAUCUCCUCCUCCGGCUACCAGCAGUUCUGCACCGGGAAGCUCCACUCCGUCUGCAUCAGCUGCUGCAGCACGCCGCUCUGCAACGGGCCCCGCCAGAAGAGGCGGCCCCUGCCGUCGUCCGGCGCGGCCCCCGUUGGGCCCCCGCUCCUCAUGUUGGUCCUCCUCCUGCUGGACUCCAUCCUCUGCUGACAGAGACUCUCUGGGUCUGGAGGAUCUUGAUUUCAUCCUGAUUGUCUGAAAACCAGAGCAGGAAACAGGAAACAGGAAACAGGAAGUUACUUUAGAGCACCAUUUCCACUGUCAGGACAGAGUUAGCAUGCUAACAGCUCGCUAGUAAACGGGUAGAAAUAAACAGAAUAGAUCAGUUAUCACAGUGAAACAACAGAUUUUACACCAAUUAAAGGAGCAUUUCAUAUUUUAUUAAAUGUUUGUUUCUCUGAACGUUUUCCGGGUUCCAUCACUUCACCAGAACCGACACGAUGCCGAGCUGAACGGGCCGCAGGUUCUGGAUCCGUUGGCUUCCAGCCAGAGGCCUCCCUACAAAAUGUCUGAGUUUUUUCUGCAUAAUUAAGCCCUUUGUCUUUUCACUCCUUUUUAUUUCAGGUUAUUUGUUUUUCUGAGUCAUUUUCUGUUGAUGUGACCAGAAAACCCCAAAAUAAAACUCAACUAAGAAGAGCAAUAAUUCAACGGACUUUUCUCAAGAAUUAAAAAAAAAAUCUGAUUUUCCCAAACUAACUAUAACUGAGUAAAUGUGGACCUCAGGAAGAGUUUGUGAAUUUCAUUAGUUUUAUCUAUGUUUACUUCAUUUAUUAAUCUGUACCUAAUAUUAGUUGACCGUUUAUAAAAUAGAUUGUUUUUCUAGUUGUGGAUAAAUUUUAAUGCUGAUUCCUUAUGAAUUGUAACAACCAGGACAGAAAGCGGUGAAAGUGGAAAAAUUUAUCCAUAUUUAUCUUCUGCUGUGGAUUAAACUGAUAUUUGGAGGGAUUCUUCUGCAGCAGCAGGUUCUCCGGUCGGGGCUGCAGCUCUAAUGAAGCAGCAGACCCGCAGCUGGAACUUCGGCCGCCAUGUUGGCGCCUCUGGGCCACACAGAACCACCGAGCUCCUCACUGAGGCUCCGCUUCUGGGAUCAAUGACUCUGACACAAAGCAAACAACCAGAGGAGAAGAAAACAGCUGUUUCUUCCAGCUGCACUUUGACUAAUCCA